UUAACAUUUUCCAGAAGUUCAUGUCAACCUGUCGCGCUGUCGACAGAAGUUUGACUUUUUCCUGGGUUUUGCAGCCUCGAUUUUUGACGAUAGUGCCGAGGCAGACGAGCAACAGAUUUCGCACAAUUUACUGGUGUCAAUGUCCGGUCGGAAUAGUUCUACUUUAUAAUCGACGAAAGCAACGUGUGAACAUUUUGAAUUUAAUGGUUUUAAUGAUUUUAACACUAAAAAUCGACUGUUUUCUCAGAAUGUCCGUGCUCUUCACAUGAAAGUAAAAGAGGUUGACAUGAACAGCGAGAAAUAUUUUCUUUGGGCCAACAUGGAGGUCUUGUAAAACUCCUCUUGUCAAUGGCUGCUGACGUAUGCAUUGAUAAAAUGCCAAAUUCAUCAACAUCAUCAGGUGUAUGUGUCAGUAUCAGAGAGUUUGAUGACACUCUUGUGAAUCCUGAUCCAGUGGUAACAAAUGUGGACACUGAACAGCUUAUCGAGGACUAUCUCUCGCCACAAAAACUGAAAAGUUUGACAGGAAUUCAAGACUUAGAUGAGGUUGUAUUCUUGGAAAUGAAAGUAAAUACAGUGCAAAACAGUCUGGGAAAUUUUGGAAGCAUGGUACAAAAUCUUAAACAACUAAAGCUCUCCAAUAGUGUGAUAUCAUCGAUAAGGGAUCUGGGCACUAGUCUCGUCAACCUUCAAUCAUUAUGGAUGGCAAAGUGUGGUUUGUCUGAUUUAGAUGGCAUCAGCUCCUUAUGCUCUAUUAAGGAGUUAUAUCUUGCUUAUAAUGAUAUAUGUGAAGUAAGUCCUCUAACGAUGCUGGAUACCUUGGAAGUUUUGGAUCUUGAGGGGAAUUUAUUGGAUGAUAUCGCCCAGGUGGAGUUUUUAGUUUUGUGCCCAGAACUGAAACGUUUAACUUUGGAGGGUAAUCCAGUUUGUAUGAAACCACAAGUAGACUGCACUCCUCAGGUUCAACUCGACUACAAUUACCGUGUGGAAAUACACAAAGUUUUACCAAAAUUAACCUACUUAGAUGACGAACCGUUCCUUUUUGAUCUCGUUGACGGUCAGAAGAUAUUGAAAACAACUCCCGCACCGCAGCAUGACGUAAGUUUUAACGAAAAACUUCAGUCAGAUUGGGAACUCGUCACGGAAAGAAUAAAAACAUUUAAUGAUGAAGAAAUUGUAACAGGUGAGGGUGACUCAAAUCAUGCCAGACCGUCAACUGCUCGUGGGAAUCGUCCAAUGACUGCGAGUCGACAACGAAUGUCGUCUGGAAGGCCACGUACUGGACGACAAAGACCCGGUACAUCUCAUCAUAGGCUUGGAGUCAGCUCUGAUCAUAGGUCGGAGUCAAAUAGUUUAGUACUUCUUUCUACUGCAAUAGGUGAACGCGAAAGCUCAGAUGAAGAUGAUAGCAGUGACUUAACCCACGGUUCCUCGGCUGUCAUAUGUGGAAAUCCUUCUCGAGCCUUGAAAUCGCGAAGAAAGAACAUGAGGAAAGAGAUCGUAUCUCAUCAAUUAUCUACAGCAAACGAAGAUAGUGACGUUGAUAAAACAUCUCGUAGAGAUCUUUUUGAAGAGUUAAAAACAUGGAGAAGAGAGUAUGCCAGAUUUUUGAAUGAUUGCGGGACAACGUCUGUCUUAUCAAAAUCAGACGAGAACUAUGACCAUGAAACACAGAGUCACAGUAACCUUUCUCCUGCCCAAAACAACAAGAAAUCUUCAAUGUCUCCAACUCCCCCUCCAUUUCCUUCGACAUCACCAUCUCCUCUACGGCGCAAUGUCAAUCCCGUCAUUCGUAAAUCAUACCCUUUACCUACGCCACCGGAUUAUUCCGAUCGACCGCGAACUGCUCCGAGUUUUCGACAUAGAUCUUCUUUGUCCAAUCGUAACCGAAGACGAGAAAACAUUCUUGAAAAUAAUACUUCUAAAAAAGACUUAGAAAUGAACACGUCGGAAGUAAGAAUAAAUUCAGCACCAGUUGACUCACAUCCUCUUGAAAGAUCGCCUUCAAAAACAUGUGAUUUACCAUGCAACGCGGAAUCACAUUGUAAUCUUCAAAUAGUUCCCGAUAGUCCUGUCAUUUCGGCUUCCAAAGAACUUCUUGAACAACCAGAAAAGCCGCGUGGAGUAAGACCAGCAAGUUCGCGACCUCUAACUCAUAAAGCUAGAGCGAAAUUAAAGUAGGAAGAUUUUUUUUGUUUAUAAUUUAUUGUUAUUUAUUUGUAUUUUAUUAUUUGGACAGUGGUAAGAAAGAGUUGAAAAGUGUAAGAAAAAUCUAUUAAAGGUAUAGAAAUCCGAGUAA